AAGACGAGUGAUAAAGUCAGUCCGCAAAGACAGGAGGGCGUACCUAAAAAUCACGGUGAAAUCAUUUCCCAGAGGGAUUUUACGUCAAAGACAGCGUCGGAGCAUGACAAGUCUAGCAACACUAUCGCAAUUACCCCUCCUGAUUCCGAUACGGGGAUACAGGAAGGUGAUCGAGUGGGCCAAGAAGGCUACAGAGUACGAUCUCACGUGCCUUCGAACACAGUAACCGUUAUAACGCCUCCUACGUCUUCCGAUCUCACCUUCCUGGACUCAAUCAUAUCAGAUAUAUCAACCUACGAUUCGGGUUAUCCAAUCCUUGACCUUGAUACUUUGGAUGUAACUGCGGACUCAUUCUCUGAUGACACUUUGUCCCCAAGUGACUCUCCCGGAACUCGAGCUACCGAGUGUGACGAUGGCAUGAACACUGGGACAUUUGCAGAUGAAACAGAUUGGAACGUCAGUUCUGUCACAUUCGGCGAGCAGGCA